GGGAAGAGCUCCGCAGCGCGGCGGCGCCGGGACCGCGGCGCAGCCCCGGGGACAGGGCUCGGCCCGGCGGCGCCGCCGCCCCCGGGACGGACGCGCCCGCGGCAAGAUGGGCGCCCUGGCUCUGGCCCUGGGGAUUUUCCACUACCUGGGGCUCUACCUGCAGCUCGGCGCCGCCUCCCGGCACCCCCCGUGGGACGCCCCGGCGGCGGGCAGCGCAGCUCUUUUCACUGAGAUCCCCCACGACAUGACGGCGCAGGCGGGUGAGGAUGUGGAGAUGGCGUGUUCCUUCCGCGGCAGCGGCUCCCCCUCCUACUCCCUUGAGAUCCAGUGGUGGUACGUCCGCAAUCACAAGGACUGGACGGACAAACAGACAUGGGCUUCCAGUCAGCUGAAAUCAUCACCACCAGAGGAGCCCGGGAAAGAGGCGACAAAAAUCAGUGUGGUGAAGGUGGUCGGCAGCAACAUCUCCCACAAGCUGCGGCUGUCGCGAGUGAAGCUGGAGGACGAGGGGACCUACGAGUGCCGGGUGAUCGACUCGAGCGACGGCAAGGCACGGCACCACAAGGUGAAGGCGUACCUGCGGGUGGAGGCAGCGGGGGGCCCGGGGCACCCCCAGGACACCGAGCUGCGGGAGGCCCCGCUGGCAGAGCUGGCCGCGCCGGCCUCAGCCCACGCACACCAUCACCACCACCACCACAAAGCCGGGAGGGAGCUGAAGAAGCGCUCGGCAGACACCUCCUGUGUGCUGUAGGGGGGCGGCGCGGGGGGAGUCCCCUCCUCCCCGGACUCAGCGGAGCCACCAAGGGUCCCGCACCCCCUGCCAGAGACUGGCCCCACCACCCCGUCCUGUCCAGCACCCCUCAGCAUCCCCCUCUCCCGCAGGGCGCCGCGGGUUUGUCCCCAGCGCGGGGCGCAGCGGUGCCGGGCUCGGUGUGGUGCGGGAGCCGGAGCUGUCAGUGCCACGGGUGCGUCGCUGGGGCUGUGCCUGGGGCCAGGCCGUGUGCCCGCCCUGCUAGUCCCCGUGUCCCCGGCCUUCUGCUGCCACCGUGGUGCCGCGGGCUGUGCUGUGUCCCCGCUCUGUGCCCAGCGCGGACCCUCCCCGCCCUCUCCUCCCCUCCCCUGUGCUUCGCAGACCCAGCCGCCUGUUCCUGUAGGUUGCCCCGUUUAGUUGCUCGGUUCCAGCCCCACAGUGCGUGUCUAAGUUCCAGCCUCCAUCCCACAGCCCGUGUGUAUCCCCCCGCCCUGCCCUGCCCCCGCCUGCCCUGCAGCCCCCAGCACGGCAAGGCCUGAGCUCAGCAGAGGAAGGACGGUACGGCACGUUCCUGGCAUCCUCCCGGCACGCUCGGCCAUCGCUCAGCCAGGCAGCUGCCCAUGCUCCCUGUGUGCUUGGGGAGGUGUGCUGACCCCUUGCACCCAUCACUCCUCCUCCCCUGGAAUUUCACAGAGGAUGGGGCGCUCCUCCGCCAGACCCGUCCACCCUGGCCCCAUCCCGCUGCCCGUGCCAGGCUCUUGGCCCCCUCUCGGUCCAGCAUCCUUCCCUCCCUCCCAGGCCACAGCACCACAUGGCCCCGGGCAGGGUCUGGCCCACGGGCUCUCGUGUCACAGUGCAAACAGCAGAGCCCGUCCCUGCUGCCCCCACGGGUGACCACAGCCACUGGGGAUGGAGCUGUGGGGAGGGACAGGGGGGUCCCAGCCUCCCCGCCCACUGCCGGGCGCUGCUCCCCUGCUGCUCCCCAGCCUGCCACCAUCAGAUCUGCUGCAGCUAAUAAAGCUCUUUAAACAAAA